AUGGGAAACAAUCCGUCCACGGCGAAUUCGCCGCAGAAUAAAAGAACAGCCCAGCUGACGGAAGAGUUUCGAGACCGCCAAGGAUCCAUCACUUCACAGCUGUUUCCCAGUAGAGGCACAGGACGAAAUCCUGAAACAGUGAAAAAGCUGGGAUGGACCAGUCGUGUUCUUCCAGGGUCGAAAAAUGCAUCGAGAUCGCCAUCCUCGGGCCAACAGCAUGCGGCUAAAUCGCCAUUCCGCAAAAAUUAUUCCCUAGACGUGAAUAAUCAAGAUUCAUCAGCGCCGUUCGCGCUGAAAAAAAGUCCCCUGGGUAAUCCUGCACCUCCCAUGUGCAUUACAGCUCACGCCAGUGCUGAUGAAUCGCCGUCCUCGUCUCUCAGAGAUUUUUUGGCGGAGCUGUCGUUGCAGAAUUCUGAAACGCAACCAACCACUGUCACAACAGCGUCUAGCACCGCAGGUACGGCUUCUGCUUUCAGAAGCCCAGGUCCAGCCACGCCUGUGGUUCAGUCGACCAAAACAGAUGCAUUACCGGAUCAUUUGUCAAGUACCAACUCUUUAAAAAAACUACUGGUCGAAGGGAGGAUCGGAGAAUCCAUAAAUCUUCCCAUUUCAAAUGCAAGUACACCAAGAAGAUCUAGCAGGUCCAGUUCAGCAUUGUCUGAUACAUUCAUGUCGGACGACGACGGCGAUGAUGAAGAAUCAUUGUUACAAGGUGCUAAUGACGUGCUUAUCAACAACUCCAUUUUGGAAAAUGCCAUGAAGCGGAAAAGAAGUACCAACAAGAAAAAUGGCGCCAUUGGUUCACUUCUCGGCUCUCGUGAGACAUUGCAUCACCCUGGGCCUAAAAAGCUUAAACCUUUAAGCUCGGAUCCGGAACGAACGAAACUACCGGAUUUCAAGGUCAUGCAUGCUCGUUCUACUGACGAAGAGACGAUCGAAAACUCCAUAUCAAUGCCUCGACUGGUGCAAGACAAUUUUGACCGCAUUGAUUCCUUUGAUAAGGGAACAGCAGAGCAUUUCGAGGGUACUUACAGUGGGACGGACAGCUCUCAGAAAAUUAUAUCUCCAUCAGGGCGAGACUCAGAUUCUCAAAACGAAACCAUCGAAACUCAUGUUCUGGUCAAGUGGAAGGAUAACAUCGUGGAUCCUAAAACAUGCAAGAUGUCUAUAGUAAGCAGAGACAUCAUGACAGUUUUGGGACCGCAUAAUAAAUCGAAGAAAAUUCCCAUGACGUUUGAUGCAAGCUCGAAAUGCUGGGUCGCUCCAAACUUAUUCCUUCCACCAGGGAUCUACAAAUUUCAGUUUUUGAUUAAUGGCGAAUUACGGCAUUCCGACUUUCUUCCCACCGCCACUGAUUCUUUUGGCACCUGUGUCAAUUGGUUCGAGGUCGUUUCCGGGCAUGAAACAAUAGAACCAUCCAAAGAUGUUCCAUCUGUAACAGAUGCUGAGGUCGAUGAUAAUGGAGGAAGGAUCCCAAACUCAAAAUCUCCGAGACCGCAGAUGAAGUCAGACUCAUCUUCCUCCGAUUACAGAGGUUCUCAUCGCCAUUUUGAGAGAACAGGAACGCCUUUUUCUGAUUACACAGGUGUUUGCAGCAGGUCUGACUCUUUCAAACCACAACUGAAUCAGAGGCACACCAGCAGUAUCGAUUUACUUGCUCCUCCGCAGCAAAAAGUGCACAGCUACUCUGAUGAAAUUCCAGAAUUGUUCAAGACAAAUUUUGAAGACGAAUCAGAGUUGCCUUCUUACGAUCAACCGCAGCAACAUGUUGAGGAUGGCACGGAUAGUCCAAGCUUUCUGCACCGGGUUCAGGAUUGUAAUCAAGACCUACUCUUUGCGGAUCUGCAACAAGAUGGAAAAAUCGAUUCCCAGGCAGCUGAGGAAGCUUUUCUGCAACAGUACCCUACCCCCGAUCUCCCCGUUUACUUGGACUCUUCAUUCUUAAAUGCAGUCUUUAGUCGCUUCCAAAAAAAGAAUGAAUCUAACAGCAGAGUUAAUCAUAUCGUUCCUCAUGUCAAUCUAAACCAUCUUUUGACAAGCAGCAUCAGAGACGAGAUCAUUAGUGUCGGCUGUACGACAAGGUAUGAAGGAAAAUUCAUCACUCAAAUUAUCUAUACGCCCUGUUACUAUGGUAAUACGGAAAGUUGA